AUGGCGGGGAAUGAAUGGAUUAAUGGGUACUUGGAGGCUAUACUUUCAACCGGGGCAUCGACCAUUGAGGAGCAGAAGCCUGCACCUGUGACUCUAAGAGAUGGGGGGCAUUUCAACCCCACCAAGUACUUUGUGGAAGAGGUGGUGACAAGUGUUGAUGAGUCUGAUUUAUAUCGGACUUGGAUCAAGGUGGUUGCCACCAGGAACACCAGGGAGAGGAGUUCAAGGUUGGAGAACAUGUGCUGGCGCAUUUGGCAUCUCACCCGCAAGAAGAAACAGUUGGAAUGGGAGGAAGUCCAGAGGGUGACAAACCGAAGAUGGGAGAGAGAACAAGGUCGCAGAGAAGCAACAGAGGAUUUGUCUGAAGACUUGUCAGAAGGAGAAAAAGGCGAUGGUAUUGGAGAGAUGAUGCAAAAUGAGACCCCCCCAAAGAAAAAGUUCCAGCGCCAGAUUUCCAAUUUGGAAGUAUGGUCUGAUGACAAAAAGGAGAAGAAGCUCUAUGUUGUCCUCUUAAGUUUGCAUGGAUUGGUUCGAGGAGAAAACAUGGAGCUUGGUCGAGAUUCUGAUACUGGUGGACAGAUUAAAUAUGUGGUAGAACUUGCUCGAGCACUUUCAAAAAUGCCUGGAGUAUAUAGAGUGGAUCUGUUUACACGCCAAAUCUCAUCACCUGAAAUUGACUGGAGCUAUGGAGAGCCUACAGAAAUGCUAACUGCGGGUGGAGAUGAUGAUGAUAACAUUGGUGAAAGCAGCGGUGCAUACAUAGUACGAAUACCCUUUGGUCCACGCGAUAAGUACCUCCAGAAAGAACUUCUUUGGCCUUACAUUCAAGAAUUUGUGGAUGGAGCAUUAGCUCACAUUCUCAACAUGUCAAAAGUAUUGGGUGAACAAGUUGGUGGGGGCCAACCUGUCUGGCCAUACGUAAUUCAUGGACAUUAUGCUGAUGCUGGAGAUAGUGCUGCUAUUCUUUCAGGUGCCUUGAAUGUACCAAUGGUUCUGACAGGCCAUUCACUUGGAAGAAACAAGCUUGAACAACUUCUUAAGCAGGGACGCCAAUCCAAAGAGGAUAUCAAUUCAACAUAUAAGAUGAUGAGGAGGAUUGAGGCAGAAGAACUUUCGCUAGAUGCAGCAGAACUUGUUAUCACUAGUACAAAACAAGAAAUUGAUGAGCAAUGGGGACUUUAUGAUGGAUUUGAUGUCAAGCUUGAAAAAGUGUUGCGUGCACGUGCUAGGCGUGGUGUCAACUGCCACGGUCGAUUCAUGCCCAGGAUGGCGGUUAUCCCUCCUGGAAUGGACUUUAGCAAUGUUAUGAGUCAAGAAGAUGGCCCUGAAGUUGAUGGAGAGAUUUUUCAGCUUACUGCUAGUGCUGAAGGAACCUCACCAAAAGUAGUGCCAUCAAUUUGGUCAGAAGUGAUGCGUUUCUUUAGGAAUCCUCACAAGCCAGUGAUCUUGGCCUUAUCAAGGCCAGAUCCAAAGAAGAACUUAACCACUCUGUUAAAAGCCUUUGGAGAAAGCCGUCCCUUAAGAGAACUUGCUAAUCUUGUUCUCAUAAUGGGAAAUAGGGAUGACAUAGAUGAGAUGUCUUCUGGGAAUGCUAGUGUGCUCACAACAGUGUUGAAAAUGAUUGAUAAGUUUGACCUAUAUGGGCAAGUGGCAUACCCUAAACAUCACAAGCAAUCUGAUGUUCCCGAGAUAUACCGAUUUGCCGCAAAAACAAAGGGUGUUUUCAUCAAUCCUGCUUUAGUGGAACCUUUUGGUCUUACUUUAAUUGAGGCAGCAGCACAUGGGCUUCCAAUGGUGGCCACUAAAAACGGGGGACCAGUGGACAUUCAUAGGGCCCUGAAUAAUGGUUUACUUGUGGACCCUCAUGAUCAGCAAGCAAUUACUGAUGCAUUGAUCAGGUUGUUGUCAGAUAAAAACAUGUGGCAUGAGUGCAGGAAAAAUGGUUGGAAGAACAUACACCUUUUCUCGUGGCCAGAACACUGCAGAACUUAUUUGACAAGGGUGGCUGCCUGCAGGAUGAGGCAUCCACAAUGGCAAACUAACACUCCUGGGAAUGAUCUAAAUACUGAAGAGUCUUUCAAUGACUCACUUAAGGAUGUGCAGGACAUGUCCCUUAGGCUCUCAAUUGAUGCUGACUUAGCAGGUUUAGGAUCCGGAUCAGACAUGCAAGAUCAAGUUAAGCGUCUCCUAAACAAGAUGAACAAGCCAGAUUCUGGUGGUUUAAAUGACCCUAACAAGUUGCCUGACAAUGUAACUGGGAAGUAUCCUCUUCUGUGGAGAAGACGUAGGUUGAUUGUUAUAGCACUAGAUGGCUAUGAUGACAAAGGAGCUCCUGAUAAGAAAAUGAUUCAGAUAGUGCAAAGGAUCAUUAAAGCUGCUCAACUAGACCCUCAAAAUGCAAGAGUUUCUGGUUUUGCUCUGUCAACAGCCAUGCCAAUGCUAGAAACAGUGGAGUUCCUCAAAUCAGGCAACAUUCAAGCAAAUGAUUUUGAUGUUUUGAUUUGCAGUAGUGGUAGUGAAGUUUACUAUCCCGGUACUUACACAGAAGAUGGAAAACUUUUGCCUGAUCCGGAUUAUGCAGCACAUAUUGACUAUCGUUGGGGUGUUGAAGGUCUAAAAAAAACCAUUUGGAAUGUUAUGAAUACUGCUGAAGGUGAAGAGAGAAAACCUUCAAGCCCCAUUGAGGAAGAUUUGAAAUCUAGUAAUGCUCAUUGCAUAUCAUACAAAAUAAAGGAUAUCACUAAGGCCAAGAGAGUUGAUGACUUGAGACAGAAGCUUCGGAUGCGAGGCCUACGUUGUCAUCCUAUGUAUUGCAGGGGUUCAUCAAGUAUGCAGGUUAUUCCACUCCUUGCAUCAAGAGCACAGGCACUCAGGUAUCUCUUUGUCCGUUGGGGACUGAAUGUUGCAAACAUGUUUGUCUUUCUUGGAGAAACUGGUGACACAGAUUAUGAGGAAUUGAUUUCUGGAACUCACAAGACCAUAAUCAUGAAGGGUGUUGUGUCUAAUGGUUCAGAAGCAAUACUUAGAGGUCCAGGAAGCUACCAAAAAGAGGAUGUUGUACCAAAUGAGAGUCCUCUUGUGGCAUGCAUCAAUGAAGCAACUGAGGACAAGAUUGCCAAUACUUUGAAGGAACUAUCAAAAUCUGGGAUAAUGUGA